AUUGGGCAGCGGCCGAGGCGCCUCCUCGCUGGGAGACAGAAGAAGCGGCUGAAGCCAGCCGUCCGAGCGCACGCUUCCAACAUGAGUUAGUGAAGCCCCGGAGAGAGAGAGAAAGAGAGAGGCAGAAGCAGGGUGGAAAAACGCGCUUCUCAGACCCCCGAGCGGCUGCUGUCGGGCUUUCAGAGACGGUAUAUAAAGUUUCGAGUAGUCCUGUACUUGGUUUCAUAGUUGCCAAUCACUUGGCAGAAGAACUUGGCUGUAGCUGCGUUUUGUCAUCAGUCAAUAGAGCAGACAUGUUAAGUAAAAAAUAAAGACACAGUUUUGAUGAAAAAAGAACUUGUGCAGUAUGUUCUGUACUAAACUGAAAGACCUGAAAAUCACUGGCGAAUGUCCUUUCUCCUUACUGACCCCAAGUGGCAUUUCUGGUGAAAAUGAGGAGGAAUGUGUUGAAGUACCAAAUAGCUCAAAGACUUCUUUACCAGUUUGCAAAGAGAAGGACACUCAAGGAGACCAUCCACAAAGGAAAACCAGCAGGAGCAGAGUGUAUUUGCACACUUUAGCUGAGAGCAUCUGCAAACUCAUCUCUCCGGAGUUUGAAAGGCUAUAUCUUGCAUUUCAGAGAACGCUAGCAAAUAAUAAUAUAAAAGAAAUCAGGAAUUUUGGGGAAAGAGAAGACUUUGAAAAGCUUAUCACAGACCAUGCAACCAUAGCAGGAGUCCCAGUAAACAUUAUUAAGGAAUCCCUUGGUGAAGAGCUUUUCAAAAUAUGUUACGAAGAAGACGAACACAUCCUAGGUGUUGUUGGAGGGACUCUUAAAGACUUUUUGAAUAGUUUCAGCACUCUACUGAAGCAGAGCAGUCACUGUCAUGAAGCAGAAAAAAGGGGUAGACUCGAAGAGAUUUCCAUACUAUGUCUGGAAAAGGACCCAGACUUUUUAAAUGUGUACUAUUUCUUUCCCAAGAAAACAACUAGUAUCAUCCUGUCUGGCAUCAUUAAAGCCGCUGCUCACACUUUGUAUGAGACAGAGGUGGAAGUGACCGUCAUGCCCCCCUGCUUCUGCAAGGACAACACCGAGUUUAUUAACCAGCCAUAUUUGUUGUACUCUGUCCAAGUCAAAAGUGCAAAGCCCUCUUUAUCACCAUGCAAACCUCAGUCUUCUCUUGUGAUCCCUGCUUCUAUGUUCUGCAAGACUUUCCCAUUUCAUUGUAUGUUCGACAAGGAUAUGGCUAUUCUGCAAGUCGGCAAUGGUAUCAGGAGACUGUUAAGCAGAAGAGAAUUUCAAGCAAAGCCAAACUUUGAUGAAUGGUUUGAAAUCUUGACCCCCAAAAUAAAUUGUACCUUUAGUGGGAUCAUGACGAUGCUGAACAUGCAGUUUACCAUAAGGGUGCAACGAGGGGACAAUGCUCUUAAAAAAUCAACAGGGGUUAUGGACCUUAAAGGACAGAUGAUCUACAUGUUUGAAUCAAGUGCCAUCUUGUUCUUGGGAUCUCCCUGUGUGGAUAGACUAGAAGAUUUUACAGGACGCGGCUUAUACCUUUCAGAUAUUCCCAUUCAUAAUGCUCUUAGAGAUGUUGUUUUAAUAGGAGAGCAAGCCAGAGCUCAAGAUGGACUGAAGAAAAGGCUAGGGAAGCUUAAAGCUACUCUUGAGCAGGCACACCAAGCUCUUGAAGAGGAGAAGAAGAAGACAGUUGAUCUGUUGUGCUCCAUUUUUCCCGAGGAGGUUGCACAGCAGCUGUGGCAGGGACAAGUUGUACAGGCAAAGAAAUUUCAUAAUGUCACCAUGCUUUUUUCUGACAUUGUCGGAUUCACCGCAAUCUGUUCCCAGUGCUCACCUAUGCAGGUCAUCACCAUGCUUAAUGAGCUCUACACCCGCUUUGAUUAUCAGUGUGGGGACUUGGAUGUCUACAAGGUUGAAACCAUUGGAGAUGCGUACUGUGUGGCUGGAGGCUUGCACAAAGAAAGUGAGACCCAUGCCAUGCAGAUUGCACUGAUGGCAUUGAAGAUGAUGGAGCUAUCUAAUGAAGUCAUGUCUCCUCAUGGAGAGCUCAUCAAGAUGCGCAUAGGCUUGCAUUCUGGCUCAGUCUUUGCUGGCGUCGUGGGUGUUAAAAUGCCACGAUAUUGUCUAUUUGGAAACAACGUAACACUAGCCAACAAAUUUGAGUCCUGCAGCAUCCCAAGGAAAAUAAACGUCAGCCCAACAACCCACAGGUUACUAAAGGAUUGCCCAGGCUUUGUAUUUACUCCACGUUCAAGACAGGAUCUUCCUCCCAAUUUUCCAAGUGAAAUUCCUGGGAUCUGUUACUUUCUUGAUGCUUAUCUCCAAGGAACACACACAAAACCCUGGUGUCAAAAGGAGGAUGCAGAAGAUGGAAACACAAACUUCUUGGGGACACCAACUAGCACAGACUAGAUUACGUUUUCUUGCAAUUUUGAAGAUAAAAUGUGUUCCAACUUUUGUACUAAUGAAAAUGAUUUUUUUAAAAACAAAAUUGUGACAGCACUUUAGUUUCUUAACACCUAAAAGCCAGUAUUAAAAGUACAACAGAUUUGUCACAUGCUACUUUUAAUGUUUCUUUUAAUAUAUUUGGCAUAUAGUAAUUUAGAAAUUGGAGAAGCAGGAUCAAGGCAGAUUAGUUUCUCACAAGGGAAGAGAAUCCAUUUAGCCUGAAAAUCAAAUCCAAUUUCAGAAAAGUUUUUUGGUGCUGCGUCUCUAAGUGGUGUGUGAAGCCAAAGACAAAGGGAUGGGACCAAAAAUACCAGCGUAUAACUUAUAGCUUUCACUGCCAAUAAAGGAGCAUUUUAAAAUUGGGGGUGGGGGUGGGGAGGAGGGAUGUAAAAGCUAAAAUAUUGCCAAAUAAUGGGGAAGAGGGUCUAGCCAUCUGGAGACUGCAGAAUGUAAGAUAUGAAACCCCACAAAUGCUCUAUUUGAACCCAGGGCCUGUAGUUUUUCACCUUAAAAUGCAAUGUGACAAUAGGUGAGAGAAAUCCAGUUAGCUAAUAGGGCUUUCCUUCUAGCCCAGUGUUUCUCAACCUGGGGGUCAGGACCCCUGUGAGGGGUCAUGAGGGGAUGUCCGAGGGGUUGCCAAAGACCAUCAGAAAACACAUAUUUCUGAUGGUCUUAGGAACCCCUUUGGCAGAAAAGGCUGAAGAUCUCUCCGCCUUUCCUUCUCUUACUUUUUGGAAACAAUGCCCACCAAUUGUUUCCAAUGCCCAUCAAACCCUUUCAGUAUUAUCUGUUGGUCAUGGAAGUUCUGUGUGCCAAGUUUGGUUCAGUUCCAUCAUUGGUGGAGUUCAGAAUCCUUUUUGAUUGUAGAUGAACUAUAACUCCCAGCAACUACAACUCUCAAAUGACAAACUCAAUCCCUCCCCAACCCCUCCAGUAUUCAAAUUUGGGUGUAUCAGGUAUUUGUGCCGAAUUUGGUCCAGUGAAUGAAAAUACAUCCUGCAUAUCAGAUAUCUACAUUACGAUUCAUAACAGUAGCAAAAUUACACUUAUGAAGUAGGAACGAAAAUAAUUUUAUGGUUGGGGGUCACCACAACAUGAGGAAUUCUAUUAAGGGGUUGAGUUAUUAGGAAGGCUGAGAACCACUGUUCGAACCCAAAGUUACCAGGCCUGUUUGAUAGGGACCCUCUGUUCCUAGAGAGAGACAGAGUGUGUGUUUAUAUCUUUCCAUUAUGCCCAGUAUUUAGAAACAGCUUCAAGUGAAGGGACUGGACCCUUCAGCAUUCUGUCCACACGGAGCCAAAUUGUCUGCCUUCCAACACCUGUAUUUCAGUAAUUGGCAUGCAGAUGAUAUUGUCACACCCUGUACUUCAAGUCAGAUAAAAUGUUAAUCAUUAUAAUUUUUGUGUGUGUCAGGGGCAACUUGAGAAACUGCAAGUUGCUUCUUAUUAAUGAUUUCAUAACAUAUAAUCCCAACCACAAAUUAUUGCUAGUAUGUGUUAGCAUCUCCCAGUUAACAAUUCUGAAACCAGUCCUAUAAAUAGGCAACAAAAUUGGAAGUUUGGGAGAGGAAAUCACACAGACUAGGAAGGAUGAGCCACAGGCUGUUUCUGUCAUCCAUCUUAAGUCUCUUGUCUCUUUUGUAACCAAGUCUUCUGAAGAUUUUGAAGGCAGCAGCUAGGCUUGCUCUCUCACUCCCACGUGGCUUAUUUUCCAGCUAGCAAUGUGGAAUGGGAUGGAAGCUCACUUUGUUUAAAUGUACUAUUAAGAUGCAUGCUGAAUGUCUUGUGAAAGGAAUGUUCGGCCUGCAUAGGUCAAUGAUUCCCAAACUUGAGUUUCUAGAGGUUGUUGGAUUGCAGACUCGCAGAAUCCCUGACCGUUUGACUAUGGAUACCAGAAUUCGUCAUCGAACAUCUGGGAACCCAAACUUGGAAAUCACUGGUUUAGAUGUAAGUGGAGUCUUGGGUGAUAUCAUGGAUCCUGUAUUUAUAACCAAGGAAUGAGAUGAUAGGCAGUCAUUGAAUUGAUGGGAGAUGAGCAGGAUCUGGUCUGAUGUUAAUGAGGAAGCAAAAAUGGAUCCAAUGAGUGAUGCAGUGUUUCGUUUAAAGAGUUUAUGUAUGUUUAAAACUUCCACUUGUACUCUGUUAUUGGUAUAAUAAUAUUUAUCAAUUUAUAAACAUAAACAAAAAUCACACAAAUUAAAGCAACCCACUGUAAUAUUUUACAUUUUUCAAGAUAUGAUUAAUCUCAGUUCUGUUUCUUCCAACACUAGAUCUCUAUGCUCUCUUCAUUACAUGGCUGCUUUUCACAGGGUAGUGCAAUGUGCAUUUGAAGUAUAUAGCAUUCACAUUACAUUUGAUGUGCAUUGCAAGCAUAACAUUCAGAUCUAGACUGAGUUCCAAUACCAUAGUGUAUGUGUAUGCAUUGUGAAAACCAUGCAUUUACAGUAACAACAACAACAAAAAUGAUUUGGCUAAUUUCAUCUUUGCCUAAAUGCCUUUCACAAACUGCAAAGCAGAACUUCCUCCUGCACAACUUUCAGAAGGCAGUCUUUCAAAUAUGAAAAUCAGCUGAAAGAACAAUAUUCAUAGCAGAACUGUUAAGUACUGGCCAAUCUUCAACUUCUGUCAAGAGGGAUUUUUCUCUCUAGAAACUUUUUCUGGGUCCAAGUCAGACCCAGACAACAUUUCAUCGCAGUAUCUCUUUCCCACACACCCAGAUUUCCAGUGCAAGCAUCUGUGGAUUGGAAUGUCAUAUUGUUCCAGGUUUUUGUUACAAAAUUUAUAGUGCUUGUAAAAGAAAAAUGGACAUAUUCCCUAUCCCUGCCUUGUUAAAUCAGUUGAGUAAAAUUCUGUAUAAUUGGGAUAAAGAUCAGUUGAAAGACCCAUUUUCCCAGCAUUUUAAUUCUCAAUUGGAAAAUGUCAAUGAGACACCUAGAAGCAAGAUGCAAAUACAAUAGUAUUUAGCUAGUUCUGUGCCACCACAAACUACUUUAGUUAAGAGGCAUGCUGCCUCUAAUACUGGAGAUAAUUUACAGCCAGCGUGAUUAGAUACCAUUACUCUAAAAGAAUAAGCAUACAAUCACACACACAUAGCCAACCUUCCAAUCCAAGUUAAUAACCAUCCUCACUUCUUGUAGUACCUAAGGUCAUUUUGGCUGCAUUAUCUAUCACAAAUCUGCCAUCGUUUGUUUAGCUUUGUUGGAAAACAAUAGGGUUCAAGUAUAGCAUGACCCCCAUAUCCAUAAGGGGAUACAUUCCCAGACUUUGCAUAGGUAUGCAGAACUGCAGAUAGUAGCAACACCUAUUGAACUGAAGAACCUCUAGCCUAAGAAUAUCAUAGAGGAGACCUAUAAAAUAUCUAGAAUUUUUUUUUGGUCAGGCACAGAUAAAUGAAAGCACUGAAACCAGUCCUGUGGAUAGAGGGGUCAUGCUGUGUCUAUGGGGAGGAAGGGAGAAAAUAUUGUGUUGUCAAAGGCUUUCAUGGCCAGAAUAACUGGGUUGCUGUGAGUUUUCUGGGCUGUAUGGCCAUGUCCCAGAAGCAUUUUCUCAUGACGAUUCUCCUGCAUCUAUGGCAGGCCAGGCAUCCUCAGAGGUUGUGAGGUCUGUUAGAAAUUAGUCAAGUGGAGUUUAUAUAUCUGUGAAAUUUCCAGGGUUGGAGAAAGAACUCUUGUCUGCUUGAGACAAGUGUGAAUGUUGCAAAUGGCCAGCUUGAUUAGCAUUGAAUGGCCUUGCAGCUUCAAAGCCUGGCUGCUUCCUGCCUGGAUGAAUCCUUUGUUGGGAGGUGCUCUUUGGCACAGAUAUAUAAACCCCACUUGCCUAGCUUCCAACAGACCUCACAACCUCUGAGGAUGCCAUAUAUGUGGGCAAAACAUCAGGAGAGAAUUCUUCUGGAACAUGGCCAUAGAGCCCAGAAAACUCACAGAAACCCAGAGGAAAUACUUCUCCCAAUUCACUUUCUUCCUAUGCAGUUGAAUAAUUCUGUCACAUUUCCACUUGCCUUUUUCUAAGCUAAAUAGUUCCAAGCAUUGUAACCCAUUCUUUGGGAUAUUUGCUGUGGCUGCUUGAUUAUUUUGGUUGUCCUUUUCUGCACUUUCUUCAAUUCUAAUACACCACUUUUGGGUGCUGUGAGUAGAACUGUGCACAGUAUUCCAAAUGUGAUUACAUCAUAGAUAUGCAUAAAUGCUGAUAUUUUUAAAUUGGUCAGUCUUCCCCUUUUUUAAUUCUCAGCAUGGAAUUUGCCUUUUCCCCACAACAUCCAUUUACUAGGUUGUCAAGUUAUACAUCACAAAAUCCCUUUGCUAGUCACUCACCACUUCCCAGAGCCCAUUCGUGUCUUCAUGAAGAUAGACACACAAAAGAGAAAGCAAGUUAAGUGAGAAGUUUUUGUCCCAGGGUACAUCACUUUACACUUGCUUUUUUUAACCACAUUUUCCAUUUUUUAAUAUCCAUUUUCCUAGAUCCAAGAAACAUUUUUAUUUGUGCUCUCCAUCCAAAAUGGUUUGGUGUGUUUGAAAAUCUGGCCACCUCACUAUUGACCCCACGAACAAGUUUAAAAGCAACAGCUGUAGUACAGGUUAUUGGCAGAGUCGGUUUAUAUGCCCCCAUUGUCUGUUCUCUAUGUCCUGUCCAGUCACCAGUCCAUAACAAGCCCUCUCUUCUUAUGUCAUGACUCCUAGCGGCACAAAAGUCUUCGGAGAGGAACUUCCUGCUGAGAUUCCACUAUGGUUUCGUACUACGUUCCAAAAGUCCUGGAAAUAUUGAACUCUCUUGACUUUUUCUUUCAGUUUUUUAUACACCAAAUCCUGCAUUCUUUUUUUUAAUUUCUCUUUUGCAGUGAAGUGUGUCUGGGUUGCACUUUAUUGGCAAUUUAUUACCUAUACAUAAUUUACAUUUGAUAGCACUGAAACUCUGAUUUCAAACUAAUUCACAUUAUGUCUUAGAAAUCACUUAUGGUUGGCUUCCCUCUAGUCAGUUUCAUAAGCAAUUGUUCUAAUUGUAGUCAUUCAUCCUAUCUAUAAAUGUUACAUCCCUGCUAUAAUCAGAAUAUACAUUUACUCAAUCUAUUCUUUUUUUGGAUGCAUUCCUUCCUGAAUUCAUUCUCCAUCUCAGAUCACCCUGAAUAGUUUGGUCAAGACAGCAAUAACAGAUGUCGAUGAGAUGUUUAGAGUUUCAGCAAUUCAUUUAAGGUGCAAUCUUGUGCAUGCUUACUUGGCAGUAAGUCUCACUGAAAUUAGUAGGACUUAUUUCUGAGUAGACCUACAUGGGAUAGUUCUACAUAUGUAAUUAUCAGUUGUUUCUAGUGUUAGUAUACAGAAUAUGCCACUUAUUGCACCCUGCAUUUUUUCACUGUCCAUAAAUUAAAUAUAUGUAAAAUAUUGUAUAACCAAUGUCAAAGCCUCUAUGUUCAAAAACGCAUCUUAAUUCUGAGUUAGAAAUCUUAUUUCAAGGAGAGCAAAUCUUCACUGUUCUGUAUUAUAGCAAUAUAUGUUUUCCAAUAGUUGCUAUUUAAGUUUUAACUGUUAAAGGUGUAAAGUGAACUGCUUCACAGUAUUAAAAAUGUCUAAGCGGAUUGCAUAGCAUCCAGCACAAAAGAGUUGAGGACAUUAGGUGAGGUACAAAUAAAAUAUGUAUAUAUAGGUUUUGGAUGUACUGUGGGUGUGUUUUGAUAUAUGAUGAAGUCAAUAAAAUGAAAUACACUA